CCUUCUCUAGAUCCUACGACUAUAAUAUUCUUUAGUCGAACCAAGACAAUAUUUAAAUUUAUCUUAGAAUGAUAGAUCUCUCUGACUAUUGAUGUUAAGUUGUAAUAACAAGUCUCUAUGUCCCUACCUUGAUACCAAAACCACAUUAUGACUUUCUCAAACCAACUCUUCUUUGUCCUCUUCCUCAUCUUUCCUCUCUUACGUGCUUCUCACCCAAAAGAUUGUUCUUCUUCCUCAUGUGGUCUUCAAGAUAUCCAUGCCCGCUUCCCUUUCUGGCUAGAGCCGAACCAGCCUGACUUCUGUGGCCACCCAGGGUUCGAUCUCCACUGCACCAAUAGUCAAAACACAGCUCUCAACCUUCCCAAGUCCGGAACAUUUCUUGUCCGAGAGAUCGACUAUAGAAGCCAGCAUAUUCGUCUCUAUGACCCUGAGGCUUGCUUGGCAAGAAAGCUUCUGACCUUUGACGUUUCGGGUUCUCCUUUCUCUGCUCUUUACCUUGCCAAAUACACGUUCUUGACCUGUCCUAAUGAGGUUGUUAAGUCGUCCGGGUUUGACUCCAUCCCAUGUCUAGGCAACUCCACGAGCUCCUUCUUGGCUACAACUAGUUUAGAUAUCGCCAAAUCUAUGCUGCCUUCUUGUCAGAUUGUCAAGACAUUAGAUGUUCCAGUUUCUCGACCGGUUGUUACUGAGAAAUCAAGAUUCUCAACUAAUGUCAACAAUCAAGAUCUUUGGCUAAAAUGGGAUUCUCCAAGUUGUAGCAACUGUGAGAGAAAUCAUUUGAGAUGUGGAUUCAUAAGCAAUGCUUCUCUUCAAGUCAAAUGCUUCCCUUUUGAAAAAUCCGGGCAUAACAACACGGGAGUACAAGUGCUUAAAAUUAUAAGCCUGGCCAUUUUCGGACCGAUCAUAAUCUUUGCUACUUGUAUCGCUAUCGGAGUUUGCACCUCCGAUAGAUUCACUUCCCGGAGACGACGGAACGUGGCUAUCGCUGCAGCUCAACCAAACGAAGUUAUAGUCAGGGCGGGUCUUGACGAGUCUACAAUAGAAUCUUACAAGAAAGUGGAGCUAGGAGAGAGUAGAAGAUUACCUGGAGUUAAUGAUAUUGUGUGUCCCAUUUGUUUAUCUGAGUAUGCGAGCAAAGAGACCGUGCGGUGCAUACCGGAAUGUGAACAUUGCUUCCACAUUGAAUGUAUAGAUGCGUGGCUUAAGCUUCAUGGUUCGUGUCCUCUUUGUCGGAAUUCGCCUUCUCCAGUGCGUGAAGCUGUCUGAAAAUUGAACAAAAACCUUUUUAUAUCUUGUACAAGGAUACAAGAUUGAAGUUGAACUGAUGGAGUAUUAUAGUUUUUUUUUUAAAGGUUGUAAUGGAUAUAAUUGCUAGCUAUUAUGUUUGUGAGACUUUCAACACUGUACUUUAUCUCCAUGCAUUUCAGUUAAA